GCCGGGACGCCAGACCCCUCCAGAAUGAAGGUCUUCCUGCCCGUGCUGCUGGCUGCCCUCUUGGGUGUGGAGCGAGCCCACUCCCUGGUGUGCUUCUCUUGCGUGAAUAAGGACAGCAACUGGUACUGCCUGAAGCCCACCGUCCGCUCCGAUACGGACAGCUACUGUGUGACCAUCUCUGCAUCCGCUGGCAUCGGGAACGUGGUGGACUUGGGCUACACCCUGAACAAGGGCUGCUCCCGGAUCUGCCCCAUCCCGAGCGUCGACCUCUGCGCGGCGUCCGUGGGCAGCCGCUGCUGCCAGAGCUUCCCGUGCAACAUCAGUGCGGCCGACGGCGGGCUGCGGGCCAGCGUCACCGUGCUGGGCCUCGGGCUCCCGCUCAGCCUGCUGUCGGCUCUGCUGCGAUUUGGCCCCUGACCGCCGAGACCCUGUGCCCGGCCCAGACUCCCAAAGCUCAGGAAGGAAGGAAA